GGAUCUUAUUACGAAAUUAGGCUGGAGUUGAUGCGACCGUUGGGAAGGGAGACUCGCGCCGCCUUUCGUCCACGCCCUUUUUCUCCCAUGGAUUCUUCCUCGCCUCCCUUCUUCCUCCUUGCGUCGUUUCUUCGCCUCUUUUCCGUUUGUUGAAUCUUGUCGGAUCCCGAGCUUAUGGCGUCCUCCGUGCUGCUGAUGAAUCAGAUACUUUCGUCUCCUGACGCAUUUGCGGCGCCCAGUCCGCCGGUGCUGGGGCGUCGCCUUAAGUCUAUUCGUCAUGCUGGUGGUGCUUGCGUCAGAACUAGAAGAUGGAGGUCUCCAGUAGCAGCUCUUGUUCAAAACUUUCAUCUUCCUAUGCGUAGUCUAGAAGUUAAAAACAGGACCUCAGUGGACGGCAUUAGAAGCUUACGGUUGAUAACAGCCGUCAAAACCCCCUAUUUACCUGAUGGAAGAUUUGACCUUGAAGCUUAUGACUCCCUUAUGCGAAUGCAAAUUUACAAUGGUGCUGAAGGUGUGAUAGUUGGAGGUACGACCGGAGAAGGCCAACUAAUGAGCUGGGAUGAACAUAUCAUGCUCAUCGCCCAUACCGUCAACUGCUUUGGUACAACGAUCAAAGUUAUUGGAAACACAGGAAGUAACUCAACGGGAGAGGCAAUCCAUGCGACCGAACAAGGCUUUGCAGUCGGCAUGCAUGCAGCUCUUCAUAUUAAUCCUUAUUAUGGGAAGACAUCCAUGCAAGGAUUGGUCUCACAUUUUGAAUCAGUUCUUUCGAUGGGUCCAACUAUCAUAUAUAAUGUACCCUCGAGGACUGGGCAAGACAUUCCUCCUUCGGUGAUACAAACAAUCACAAAGAAUCCCAACAUGGCAGGCGUCAAGGAAUGCAUGGGAAAUGAGAGGAUCAAAGGCUACGUAGAUCAAGGGAUUGUAAUAUGGAGCGGAAACGAUGAUGAAUGUCACGAUUCUAGGUGGACAUUUGGGGCUACGGGAGUAAUAUCCGUGACUAGCAAUCUUGUUCCAGGAUUGAUGAAGGAGCUGAUGGUCCAAGGGCAAAAUCUUUCAUUGAAUUCGAAGCUGAUGCCUCUCAUGAAAUGGUUGUUCAAGGAGCCUAAUCCCAUAGGUCUCAACACUGCUCUUGCCCAGCUAGGUGUGAUUAGACCUGUUUUCAGGUUACCAUAUGUUCCUCUUCCACUUGCAAGUAGACUAGAAUUUGUGCGAAUUGUUGAAGCACUCGGACGUGAGAAUUUUGUCGGCGACAAGGAUGUGCAGGUUCUCGAUGAUGACGACUUUACAUUAGUAGGUAGAUACUAGUUUGCAUUUGGCUCUGUUAAACUUUAUUAUUUUAAUAAUCUGAAACUUUCUUCCCUUAGAUCUAGAAUGGUUUAUGUCUUGGAUGGUAGAGGAUUCUUCUUGUUCGUUAUAUUGGAGCCAAAUCAAGUCAUUAUGUCUAAUAUUGUAACUACUCUACGUAAGAGGUAAAUAGUAGAUGAUUUUGUUGAGCUACAA